AUGGAACGGCCAUUUGAUUUCCCAUUUGACGAUACAAAUUCGAAUGAUCAACAGCAACCAUUUUCAGCAUCAGAUCUCCCCAGUGAUGAUACCAUGAAUGAAUUAUUAUCAGAGUUUGGCUUAUUUCCAAAUAAUCCACUUAAUGGUAAUAUUCAGGAAUCACUCAAUCAAAACAAUCAUAUUCAUGAAAAUGUUAAUAUCGAUGAUCUCACUAAUCCAACCGAUAAUGAACAAAUUGAUUUUUUAACAUUAAACUUUACUGAACUUUCUGGAGAAUCAACCGAUAGAGAUGAAAUAAGCCAACUGAUCGGUUCAUGUAUAAGCGAUGAACCAACACAACAAAGUACUUUCAUAGAACAUUAUGAUAGGUCAAGUUUUUAUUCAUCACCAGUGUCUGUUCGAAUUGGUAGCUCACCAGCAGAACAACAAGCUAAUGAAACUAUACGUAGUGCAGAAGCUUAUUUAAAUGGACAAGAUGAAAUAUAUCGAAUGGCAACAGAAUUUAAAAACAAUAAACAACUUCAACAACGACCAACAACUGUUACUCCUUUCGAAGAUUAUAUGCACUCUGGUGAUUGUCAACCUUGUGAUACACAAUCCCAAUAUGAUUUUGUAUAUCAACAACAAACUCUUGAAUAUGAUGUUGCAGAAACAAAACCAAUUCAAAUAAGAGAUCAACCACGUGCAAAAUAUCGUCCACGAACACAAAAUGAAAGUAAAAAUUCAGCACAUUAUAUUCGAUGUGAAGAAGGUAUUACACCAGAAUAUCCAACAAUUACGAUACAUCGAGAUUGGAAUUUCCAAGCUGAUGCAAAUUUUAUUGAAGUUGCUUUGGUAAGUAUCGAUCAACAACCACAUCUGUAUACACUCCAUAAUAAAGACUGUUCAGCAACAUUUGAAGAUAAUGCAUUAAUAUUUAAACUAUAUGAAUCAAAUGUUAUAUAUUUUCGUUUAACAGAAGAAGAUUAUCGAAAUGGAUAUAAAACAUUGAUGGUUGAAUUAAUUAAAGGUAAACAAAGUGAUGUUAUAACAAAAGAGGUAAUUCGUUCACGACAACUUGACCAGUCAAUGCUUCGUAUUGCACGCAUAUUUCGAGUCGGAAAAGAUGAAUUGCAGCGUGAUGAAGGAAGUGUAGUACAUUCCAAUGUUAUGACUGAAGCUUAUGGUGAUGUUGAAAUCGAACAUAUGGGUCCACGAUAUGGACCAAUGAGUGGAUUAGAAAUGGUAUAUAUUGUUCUAAAAGGUCAAGUCUUGAAAAAUGAUAUAAAAAUUGAAAUAAACGAACCUUAUUUUAAUUGGAAUUAUUCUGUGGAAAAUUUUACUAAAAAUGGAAAGGUUAUUUAUUUUGAAAUGCCACCUUUUCCACAUCCAGGCUAUGAAACAGUAAAAGCAAAUAUCAUUAUCUUAUAUAAAGGAGAAGAACUAUUUCAAUCGCCUUAUUUAUAUAAAGGAUCAUUAGAUCAAGCCUUAGCUGAACUUAGUUUAAAUGGUUUACCUCCAACUACUACUUCAUCAUCAUCAUCAUCAUUAGUAGCAGCAAUGCCAAAAGUAGACGAUCUCAAAUGGUUAUUUGAUACCAAUGCAUCUUCUAACUCACGUACACAAAGAAAAACAAUAAAUAAAUCUAGAAAACGUCUAAAAAAAUAA